GUAAUAUUUUGUUUUCAGGCCACAGGCAUUAGUGGCAACGUCCAGACGCGCGCAUAUGUUGUACAGUGUUCCUUUCCAGCUGUGAAGUUGCGCUGCGCUCAUUGCUCAGUGGGAGGUUCAGCGCCAGUAUAAAGGCCCCUCCGAGUCCAUCGAUCCUUCCCUCUACAACACACUCUGAACAAACAUCAGAAGCAGCGACCACACCCAACACCACUCGCAAACACUCCCAUACCGUUUCUACUGUCUUAUACAGACUUCACAGUCUUCUCCCGCGAUCAAUUCUCUUCUCAGACAGCCAGAACACCCGUGCUUACGCGUUGUUUACACCUUCACAUCCACCAUGGUCGCGUCCAUCACAGAAGAGGCCAAGGGCGCCAUGCUUGCCAACUUCGACCUUGAGAUCAAUGCCCGCAAAGAGAAAUUGCGCGCUAUGUGUGAAGCCCAGUGUGCCAGUCUCCGUUCGCGCCUCGAGCGACGCGUAAAUCGGGUCCCAGCCACCAAGCGCCAGAUGCCACUUGUCGAACUUCUGGCGCCCCCACCACCACCUGCGAAGCCUGCGCCUGCACCUGUCAAAGCAGCACCUAUCAAGAAGGUACCCGCCAAAAAGGCAGCUGCAUCUGCCCCCGCCCCUGCUCCAGCACCAAAGACUCGAGCUGCUCCGGCCACCACAACAUCACAACCAGCAACUGCCAAAGCGGCACCGAAGUCAGCAAUCAGGCCUGUGGCAAAGCAUGCACCCUCAAAAUCUGUCCCGUCUACCUCCACACGCGGCAAGAAGCGCAGCAGCGAUGAAGUCGCAAGCGAAGACAAAGAGAAUGUCUCCGCCGACCUUGCAGUCCCCAAAAAGCGAGUCCGAGCCGCAACCACUACCACCACAAAGCAGCCUGUAGUCGCCAAACCAGCUGCACCGGCCGCACGAUCAACACGCGCAGCAUCGCGGAAGACUGCACCCGCAGACGUACUAUCACCAAAGAACAACAACAGCCGUGCGAAGCCGGCAACUCGCAGCGUCCGACCACGAUAAAUUUACUGAUUUGGAUGGCUGGAGCGUUUCAAGGAGUGUAGAAGGUUCAUUUGUUAGAUACCCAGGGCAUUAUGAUGGCGACAAGGCGUUUUGGGUUUUGCAACUUUCUUCAUGUACUGUGGUCUUCAGGCCAUCCCCACCUUCACCAGGUUCGAGAACUCCUCGGUUGAGCUUGCCCGCAAGGGCUCGCUCCUGGGGGUGACCUCGCCUGGUAGAGGUUGGGUUUCAGAUAGCGGAACGACCAAGUUCUCAAUAUGUUGUAGCCAUCAAAAUGCACUGUGAAGUCAGGUGAUUGAUAUGACUGGAGGUGCUGACUUCGAUGUUCAGCGAAGCG